AGUAGGAAUGUGCUUCAGUGUAGCUGCCUGCACUGCCAGGAAGGGAGCGAACGAUAUAGUUCUGUCUGUCCAGAGCCGGGGAGGAAAUCUUCCUGGGUCGACCAACCGAUACGUUUCGGGCUCCGGAGCAACAGAAACCAGGUCUUCAUCCACCGAUUCAAAUCCCGGAGCUCCAGAUCUGAGGAAGUGAGCGUGAUCACCAAGGCACAAGCUUCAGGAUGGGUGAGGAUGCAGUGCAGGCGGAGAGGAGCAGCGUCGUGGGUCCCGAGAGUAACGACCUGCUGGUUCCCAGUCCCAGCCCCGCAAACAGUAUCUCGCCGCUGUCCCCGCUGUCCCCAGGAGUGGACGGCGGGCAGGCCAGUGCCAUCACGGUGCUAACUCUGCUGGACAAACUGGUUCAUAUGUUGGACACGGUCCAGGAGAACCAGCGCAAGAUGGAACAGCGGCAGGUCGAGAUUGAGGGCGCAGUGCGCGACAUCCAGAGCGACGUGACCAAGCUCUCCAAGAGCCACUCCUCCACCUCCAACUCGGUCAGCAAGCUGUUGGAGAAGUCGCGCAAAAUGAGCCUGAACCUCAAGGAGGUGAAGGAGAAGAUCGAUAAGCAGGCUGUGCAAGUGAAGAAACUGGAAGGCAAUCAUGCCCACUUGCUCAAGAGGGAUAACUUCAAGGUCCUCAUCUUCCAGGAGGAACGAGAGAUCCCCACAGAAGUGUUUGUGAAAGACUCCAUGCGCCAACCCCACCCGGCGGAGGAGGAACCACCCGGCGUGAAUGCUAACUGCACCCAAGAAGACGGAAUGCAGACCAUCAGCCUGUCCUCUGAUGAUGAGAUGGUGCCUCAUGAAGAUGAUGAUGCUGAGGACGCCUUGGUCAACCAGGAUGUGGCCAGUGAGCGUUCAGAUUGGUCCCGUGCUGAGAAGAUCAAACGCUCAAGCCUGAAGAAGGUGGAUACGUUGAAGAGGGCCUUCUCACGGCAGACUAUCGAGAAGAAGAUGAACAAGAUUGGCUCCAAGAUUGUUUCCCCUGAGCAACGAGAGAAGCUGAAGAAAAGCUUCACUCCAAACCACCCCAAAAGCCCCAGCACCAAGAGCUCCUCCUUCAAAGUGUCUCCUCUGACCUUCAACGUCAAGAAGGUCCGGGAUGGAGAGGGCUCACCCAAAGCCGUGCCAACAGCAGAGUCCACUGCAGAAUCCGUCAGCAGCCCAGACACUGAACAGACCUUCAGCGAGGUGCACACAGAGCUGAAUCCAGCAUUGGAAGAAGCCCAAGGUGCCUGCUCAUCCCAGGAGCACCCAGAGCUGGCCGUCCCAUCUGCCUGCAGCCUAGAGAGCGAGCUGCCUGUCUUAGAAAAUGGAGAUGCCCACCCAGACCUGCCUGACGCGCUGCAGCAGCCAGAACAGGCUGAAGAUGAAGAAGAAGGUGUGGAGAAGCAAGAGGAGAUGUCCCCUGAGACAAAGAAGAUUGAGGUGGAGGCAAUGAUCCAAGCCGCACCUGUGGCUGUGGAGUAACCGUCCCAGGGUGACCCUUCCCUCUCCUCCUGUCAAAUAUCUAGGCAGCCGCUCUUCCCUUGUACACAUGUACACCCCAGGAUGGAUCCAAGGUGACUUUGCCCCCUUUCCAAAGCCUCAUGCUCCAUCGCCAACCCCCCCCCCCCCCCCCCCACUCUCACUCAUUCUCUCUUUCUUUCUGUGUCAUACACACACACUCACACGCCACAGUAUUCCCACUGCUCCAUUUUACACCCACAUACCAGAAGCAUCUCUGCACACCUCCGAGCUUUGAUGCUCUACCAGAUUCCCCAGGCUGUCCUGGCAUCACUCACUACCGUUCCUCAGUCAACUGGCAGUGAACACGGGAUUCUGGCACGGCCAGAGAGCGAUUCGCACCUGGAGCUCCAUGCUUCGGCCCUCGCCGCCUGCUGAGAUGGGGAGAAAACAAGCUGCACCUUUUGCUCAUUCCCGUCAAGACCUCUUACCCCAACCGUGCCAUCCCAUAACCCAUGCCACUGCCUCCUUACGGCGGUUAUUUACUGCAUGAUCUGCUUGCUUGUCUGCCAUCGAAAACAGUAAGAGAGGAGUAGGACCCUGAAGCAAGGCCUAAACUGCCUGAUUUGCAAAUGCUAUAUUAUAGGUGUCACUGUAAUCAAUCCCCAUUGUCUCCAUCUUUACUUUCUACUAAACAGUCUGCAAGCUGGAAUUCAAAGACAUGGGCUAUAUAAAUCAAGCUGUGACUUGUGCUUGUUUGCAUAUUCUGCUUCUCUGAAUGGCGGCAGGCAAACUGGUUAGACAGCCUCCGCAUCAAACAUAGCAAUGGAUGAACAGCGUAGUAAAGUUGCAUACCACUUCCAAAUCCCACACUCGCAGCUCCCUUGAGAAACAAUACUGCCAUUAUCAAGCCAUUAUCUAGCAAGGUCUGAGUUACCUACUAAAUCACUGGCUGAGUGCACAAAGUACAACAGAAACCAAAAUCAAUGACCUGAAAAUUCAGUGGAAUUUUUGGUUCCUAGCUGGUUUUUGAACGUGUGUGGCAGAACUACCGUAUAUUUAGAGGCUAUUCUCAUGACACGUGGACAUAUCCUGACAGACAGCUGCCAACAGACACCAGGGGAAAGAAAGUCUUUCUUUUCACGUAGAUGUAGCUACUUUGUAAUUGACACUUUGAGAUUAAUUCUCCAGUUUUCAAACAAUUCAAUUGUGUCCUCUGCCCCAGGGAUGACACCUAACACACACAGACCCAGUCACACACACUUACCUGCAGACACACCCCAUCGAACCUACAGCAAAGCCUUCCGUAUAGCCUGCUUCAAACUGGGUGUACUGGUUCCUGCUAAGCCUCGGCGCCUGUUUGCUUGUGCUGUUUGUCUUUUAUUUUCAGUUGCCAAAUCCUUUUAAUUCAUAGCCGUUCUUACGUCGUUCACUUCCAGAAACACCUUAAUUCUGCACGUUCAUUUAAGAAUUCAGUACACAUUUCCCCAGGUAAUAAAUAUCAUGCAAUACUUUUUUUUUACUGACAAGAGACUGCAUAUUCAGCAAUGUAUUACAAUGAAUGGUGAUAAAAUCAUUUGUCCUUUUUAAAAAAUUGAAAUAUUGAAUUAUUUUUUACUACUGACUAUCAUAGAGGGAUUCUUUAAAAUACCAGUCAUUUUUGUGUCUUUGGUAUAGGGUUAAAUGAAAUGUGGAAUUUGGAUGAAAUUUUAUUGAAAGUCUCUCCAGAAUUCAUUUUUUCUGCUUUCUAAAUGCUGUCACUGAGAUCUGAGAUGUUACCUUAUUGCCAGACGCUAACUAAGCCUGACACCAAUUUAUUCUUGUAUGACAAUAUUUUAUCAGAAAUGGCAUAACUCGUCUUUGAAUGCUCGAACGCAUAUAGUCUUGUUUUGUGACGUGCCACGUCAUCUCCCUGUAUGCCUCUUGUCAUCUCAAAGCAGCAUAAAUAAUUCAUUACACAA